AUGUCCGGAAUGCCUUCGAUUGAUACUGAGACUCCGGUGGAGUUGUCAUCCAAUGACCUGCCGGAUCGUCUUCCCUUUCCGCCGACUACCUACUCCAAUAUCCUCCAUUGUUCUUAUCACGACUGGCAUCCGCGAUACCGUACGCUCGUCCCUAAGUCGCGCUGCAUCCCUUUACCGUCCGCUUUUGUCGAAUAUCUGCGCGCCGACGGCAUUGUCCUUCCCCCCGAAGCCGCUCCUCCCACCGACGAUGACAACCUAGACACAUUCUCUGACUCGGGCGAGGAGGAAGUCGACCCUUCCACCGAAUGGGCAGAGAUCCACACCCAGAUUAAGAAUACGAUCGCCGAAUUCGGCGGCAUUGUCACUCCAAAGUUAAACUGGAGUGCUCCCAAAGAUGCAACCUUCAUGGCUGCCACGAACGACACUCAGUGCCGCACCCCGAAUGACAUAUAUCUCCUUCUGAAGAGCAGCGAUUUCAUUACCCAUGACCUGGACCAUCCCUUUGACGAUUGUGUGCCGGAUACAACAAAUGAUGAUUCAAUUACAUCUACCGUUGACGCCACAUUGCCGGAGGUGCCAUAUCACCUGGUCCUCCGCAAAUAUGUCAACUUCAACCCAUCUCUCGAAUUCCGUUGCUUCGUACGCAACCGUGUACUGCUCUGCAUGAGUCAGCGUGAUCAAAAUCACUUCGACUUCCUCUUCCCUAUGCGCGAUAUGCUUCGGUCCCGGAUUCAAUCAUUCUUCGAUGAAAAGCUCAAGGAUAGCUUCCCCGAACCCAAUUUCGUCUUCGAUGUAUAUAUUCCUGCGCCUCAUCAGCGUGUCUGGUUGAUUGAUGUGAACCCGUGGGCGCAGCGCACAGACCCAUUGCUGUUUAGCUGGCUGGAGAUCCUGAACAUGAAGGAUCCCAUUGGUAUCCAAGAGGAUGAUGGAGCAGAGGAGUUUGUCAGGAUCUCACUUCGUGACGGCAGUAUUAUCACCUCUGGUACCGCGGAAGAGCUGGACGACGGAGAGUCAAGCUCCGAGUCCGAGGAAGAGAAUGAUGACCCUGAAAAGGACGAUUCCCAAGCUCCGUUCCUUCCUGAAGUCCGUCUGAUCAAGAAGGACGACCCAGAAGCGUAUGCGUUUAGUUCAACACAGUACUCGGCCCAUAAGGUGCCGAGAGAGCUGGUGGAUGCUUCGCUUGCAGGGCCUGGCGGCAUGAGUGAGUUCAUGGGCAAGUGGCACGAGAUCCUCAAGCAGCAAGAGCAGGAAGAUCAAACCGCCGGUAGUGACUCGGACUAA